UGGCACAUGAACAAAUAAAUCUCAGGCUGCCCACUUGCUUUAUCCUGCCGUCUAAUAUCGAUCUUUAAUUAAUCACGCCUAAUCCCUGCCCCAAAAACCUUAAACAAACGUCUUCAUCCCUCCUUCCCACAUCUCCAAACCGAGAGAGAGAACAAUACCCCCUUUCCAAGCAAGUCGGGAUCGCAGUUAACCCCGCGCGCUUAGUUCCCAGUACUUCAACUCUUUAAGAUCAGGCCCGCGAUCCGACUUUGAAACAUGGCCGGCUCGGAUGCCGACAAGGAGAAGGUGUCCCUCGACGCCAACGGCAUUCACGAUGAGGGGGCAGACAUGCCCAUGGACCCAGACGCCCACCUCUCCGAGGCGGAGAAGGCCGAGGUGGAGCGUCGACUGCUUUGGAGGCUGGACUUGAUUCUCAUGCCAUGGCUCUGCCUCCUCUACCUCCUGGCCUUCCUCGACCGGACCAACAUAGGCAAUGCCAAGAUCGCCGGCCUUAACAAAGACCUAGAUCUCUCCACGGGCGAGUACAACGCGACGCUGACCAUCUUCUUUGUGUCGUACGCCGUCUUCGAGCCGCUCAGCAACAUCCUGCUCAAGCGAUUGCGUCCCUCCAUCUACAUCCCCAUCAUCAUGAUUCUCUGGGGCGCGAGCAUGCUCGGGAUGGGCUUCGUGUAUAACUGGUCCGGGCUCAUGGCGGCGCGCUGGUUCCUGGGGCUGACCGAGGCCGGGCUGUUCCCGGGGGUCAACUACUACCUCUCGUGCUGGUACAAGCGGUCCGAGUUCGGCGUGCGGGCGGCCAUCUUCUUCUCGGCGGCGGCCGUGUCGGGCUCCUUCGGCGGCCUGCUGGCGGCGGCGAUCGAGAACAUGGACGGGAUCCGCGGCAUCCCCGGGUGGGCGUGGAUCUUCAUCAUCGAGGGCCUGCUGACCAUCGUGGUCGGGAUCGCGUCCUUCUGGAUGGUGCACGACUUCCCCGACGAGGCCCGCUUCCUGUCGGAGGACGACCGGGCCCGGGUCAUCCGCCGCCUCAAGCUGGACAAGCAGGCGUCGGCCAACCACGAGUCCUUCCGGAUGACGUGGUUCUGGCAGGCCGUGCGCGACUGGAAGAUGUGGCUCGGCAUGGUCAUCUACAUGGGCUGCGACAUGCCCCUCUACGCCUUCUCCCUCUUCCUGCCCACCAUCAUCGCCAACCUCGGCUGGAACACGAGCGUGGUCCGGGCCCAGCUGAUGUCGGUGCCCCCCUACGCGGCCGCGGCGCUGCUGACGGUCGCCGUCGGCUUCGUCGCCGACCGCACCCGCGCCCGCGGCCUGUGCAACGUCCUCGUCUCGCUCCUCGGCGUCGCCGGCUUCGCCAUGCUGCUCGGCACCGACGACCCGGCCGUCCAGUACGCGGGCACCUUCCUGGCCGCCCUCGGCAUCUACCCCUGCAUCUCCAACACCAUCAGCUGGGUCGCCAACAACGUCGAGGGCGUCUACAAGCGCGGCGUCGUCCUCGGCUUCGUCAUCGGCUGGGGCAACCUCAACGGCAUCGUCAGCAGCAACGUCUACUUCAACAGCCCCCGCUUCCCCGAGGGCCACGCCGUCAUGAUCGCCUACCUCGCCCUCUGCCUCUUCGGCGGCUCCGUCCUCAACUCCCUCCUCCUCCGCCGCGAGAACGCCAGGCGCCGCAGGGGCGACCGCGACCACUGGGUCCAGGGCCUGUCCGACAAGGAGAUUGAGGACCGCGGCGACCUGCGCCCGGACUUCAUCUACACCGUCUGAAGAGACCGAGGUUAUUUUUCUUUUCUCUCCCCCCCCCCCCCCGAGUUUACUCUGCCUUGUAUUCCGAGGAGGGCUCCCGGUUGUUGAUUUCUUU